AUGUCUUACAGCGUUCACGUAUCCAACAUCGCCCCCGAGACCACGGAGAAGAGCCUCCAGGACUUCUUCACGUUCUGUGGCAAGAUCAGCUCCAUCGAUUUCAAUGGCAGCGCAACCCCAAAGACAGCGGUCAUCCACUUCGAGAAACCUUCCGCCGUAAAAACAGCGCUUAUGCUCAACGGUGGCACUUUGGAUGGCUCGCAUUUGACUGUCACCUCUGACACCGAACAUCCGGAGACCACGGAGGAGGCCGAUCAUGCGCACGAUCAUCCUCACAUUGAUCAGACAGACAAGCCGAAGUCAGCAAUUGUCGCGGAAUACCUCGCCAAGGGUUAUACCCUCUCCGAUUCCAUCCUCCAGCGGGCUAUCGAGACAGAUCAGAAGAAUGGUAUCUCUUCAAGGUUCCUCUCGUAUAUCAAGCACAUCGACUCGACGCUCGGUGCCAAGGCCCUAGGCCCUGACCAGACCAUCUCUGGCAAGGUUUCCACGCAUGUCAACGCCGGUGUACAACAGGCGAAGGCAUUCGACGAGCAGAAGGGCAUCACAGCGAAAGCAUCUGACUACUACAGUAAAGCCUUCUCGUCGCCUUACGGCCAGAAAGUGCGGGAGUUCUAUACAACCACCAGCAAGCAAGUGCUCGACAUCCAUGAGGAGGCGCUCCGCAUCAAGGCUCAACACGCCGCAACUGCUGAGCCCGGCCCCGUCGUUCCCACUUCUACUGGCGUUCCUCCCGUAGAGGCACCCGCGGCAUCUGCCCCGGCGCCAACGACGGCGGCGCCAACGACUAAUGCACCGACUGUUGUCUGA